UAAUAAUCACGACAGAAAAAACAUUUGUCAUCUCGUCAGCUCUCUCUCUCUAAAAUUUAACCAACACACAAACCCAAAUCUUCCCAUACAAGCCUCUCGUUCUCUCGCCGGCGGUAACCUUGAUCUCGCCGGAAACCGCACUCUCCGAUCACCCGAUUCGGCUGAAUCGCCGGAGACCGCAAUUGCGAUUUCUAUAAAUUAAUAAAUAAAAAUAGGAAUAUUAAUUUUUAUUAAUUGAUUAAAAUAAUUAUGGAGGAUUAUGGAGGCAGUGAUGAGGAAUGCUAUAAUUACUCAUCAGGUGAUGACGAUGAGGAGGAGGAGGAUCGAGGAGAGGAUUCUCUUGAUGGUUUUGAUAAUGAAGAACCUAAUUUUCAUUGGGUUCCUUCUAAGGCUCCCACUACUAAGAUAAUCACACGGGAAUCUCUCUUGGUUGCUCAGAGGGAAGAUUUGCGGAGAGUGAUGGAAUUGUUGUCUCUGAGAGAGCAUCAUGCAAGGACAUUAUUGAUACAUUACCGGUGGGAUGUUGAGCGAUUGUUUGCUGUGUUUGUGGAGAAAGGGAAAUCUUUCUUGUUCUCUGAAGCGGGUGUUACUGCUGUUGAGCAUGUAGAUAGGGAUGCGCCAGUGAGUUCGUCUUCUACGAUCAUGUGUGAUAUUUGCAUAGAGGAUGUGGCUGGUAAUAGGACGACUAGGAUGGAUUGCGGCCAUUGCUUCUGCAAUGAUUGCUGGACGGAGCACUUCAUUGUAAAAAUCAAUGAGGGUCAAAGUCGACGCAUCCGGUGCAUGGCUCACAAAUGCAAUGCUAUCUGCGAUGAAGCUAUUGUCCAAAAUUUAGUGAGUAAAAAGCAUCCAGUUUUGGCUGACAAGUUUGAUCGUUUUCUACUUGAAUCUUACAUAGAGGACAACAAAAUGGUUAAAUGGUGCCCAAGCGCUCCUCAUUGUGGGAAUGCUAUACGGAUUGAGGAAGAUGAGUGCUGUGAGGUAGAGUGUUCCUGUGGAUUACAAUUUUGUUUUAGUUGCUUGUUAGAAGCACACUCUCCCUGUUCAUGUUUGAUGUGGGAGCUUUGGAUCAAGAAGUGCCGAGAUGAAUCUGAAACAGUUAACUGGAUCACCGUUCACACAAAGCCUUGCCCCAAGUGUCACAAACCAGUUGAGAAGAAUGGUGGCUGCAAUCUUGUGAGCUGUAUUUGCGGCCAAGCAUUUUGUUGGCUAUGUGGUGGAGCUACUGGGAAAGAUCAUACAUGGUCAAGAAUUUCUGGUCACAGCUGUGGUCGCUAUAAAGAAGACCGAGAGAAAAACACAGAGCGGGCAAAACGAGAUCUCUAUCGAUAUAUGCACUAUCACAAUCGCUAUAAGGCUCACACAGAUUCCUUUAAGUUAGAAACUAAACUCAAGGAGAGUAUCCUAGAGAGGGUAUCAAUAUCAGAAGAGAAGGAAUCAAGACUCAGAGAUUUCAGUUGGGUAACUAAUGGACUCCACAGACUUUUCAGAUCAAGACGGGUUCUUUCAUAUUCAUACCCUUUUGCAUUUUAUAUGUUUGGCGAUGAGUUGUUUAGUGAUGAAAUGACAAAGGAGGAAAGAGAAAUUAAACAGAAUCUAUUUGAGGAUCAGCAGCAACAGCUCGAGUCAAAUGUUGAAAAACUCUCUAAGUUCCUGGAGGAACCAUUUGAACAGUUUACCGAUGAUAAAGUUAUGGGGAUAAGAAUGCAAGUUAUCAAUUUAUGUACAGUUAUUGAUACCCUUUGUAAGAAAAUGUAUGAGUGUAUAGAAAGCGAUCUGUUGGGAUCUCUCCAACUAGGCACCCACAAUAUAGCUCCCUAUAAGUCAAAAGGCAUUGAGAAGGCAUCAGAACUUUCUUCCUGCUGGAGCAACAAAGUUGGUGCUGCCGGUAGCUGCCUAUCAUCAAAUGACAAUACGAAUGGCGGGACAUCACAACAUGAUAGACCGUCAGGAUCUAGGAGUUUAGAUGAAAGUGGAUGCUCGUCUCGGAAGCGUGCUAGAAAGGAAGGUGGUGGGUUUUUUGAUCUGAACAUGCCUGCAGAGGUAAUGGAUAGGAAUUGAAAUGAAGAGAGUGCAGAGUACAAAAUGUACAGCUCUUAAUUUAUAAAAUUAAUCAUCUGUGGAUGAAGCACCAAGUGCUAUUUUGUUCAGCAUUUUGACACUCUUCUCUCUUGAUAUAAUAUAUAUCAUUGACGAGAAAGUAGUCCACCUCCACCAUCUGGUUUUUAAUUUUGGGGUCUUGUACAUAGAGGUUUCUUGGAUUUUUUGUGGGAGAUAGAUAUGUAAAUUCACUAGCUGGUGGUGGACUUAAGAUUAACUUGUUACAGUCUUUUCAUAAUUUUGCUGAAUAUGAUUAUAUUUAUCUCUGCUCUAA